AUGGGGUUUCACUGGGAAACAAACGAUUCAUCCCUUACAGGUAUUCCUGUUGUACAGAAAGCAUUCAUGCCAUCUCCAGAAAAAGUCGAAUGGGCAACUGAACUUGUACACGCGUUCAGUCAACAUCAAGCUGAAGGCAAGGGCGCCUUCCAGUUUCGUGGUCAGAUGAUCGAUCGACCAUUACUACUUCAAGCUCUGAACAUUAUACAGCUAAUCGAAAGCGUAGGAGGUUCUCCUAAAGAGUGA